UUGGCCUUGUGAUCCACCUGCCUCGGCCUCCCAAAGUGCUGGGAUUACAGGCGUGAGCCACCGUGCUCGGCCAAGCACCCCUCAGAUUCUAGCGUAGAUGUGUCUGCUGCAUGUCACCUGCUCUGUGCUAAUGCAUUUCACUAGUGUUGCCAAGAACAGGAGGAUGUGGUUACCGGGGCAGUCAGAACGAAGGUUUCAGGACCACAUUUCUGUGAAGUGUAAGCAUCUGGCCUUCUGCAGACAGUUUGUGAUGACAGUCUGUGGGGGAACGGUGAGGAAAAAAAGCCCUUCUUCUUUAGAAUUAGGGAGGUUUCAGUGUGAUCUGUUUCCAUGGCCAGGCAGCCAGAAUUUCAGGGCCUGCCACCAUGAACCCUAAGCAUACAUUGUUGACUAUGGGAUUAUCGGGCUGGAAAACAGCUCGUUCCUGGGCUUAAGGAGCCAGAUGGACUGGCUGCUCUGAAGAGCCAUCUUUGCAUUGUUCCUCGUCCGACUCCUUGCUCACCGCAGCCGCCUCCACCACGCGUCUCCUUCGCCCUCGCAGACUCCGGCAGCUUUAUCGCCAGAGUCCUUGAAAUCUCGCUUUCUUUUUAAUCCCCCGCCUCGGAUCACCGGCCGGCCCCACCAUGUCAGACGCAGCGGUAGACACCAGCUCCGAAAUCACCGCCAAGGACUUGAAGGAGAAGAAGGAAGUUGUGGAAGAGGCGGAAAAUGGAAGAGACGCCCCUGCUAAUGGGAAUGGGAAUGAGGACAAUGGGGAGCAGGGGGCUGACAACGAGGUAGAUGAAGUAGAGGAAGAAGGUGGGGAGGAAGAGGAGGAGGAAGAAGAAGGUGAUGGUGAGGAGGAGGAUGGAGAUGAAGAUGAGGAAGCUGAGUCUUCUACGGGCAAGCGGGCAGCUGAAGAUGAUGAGGAUGAUGAUGUCGAUACCAAGAAGCAGAAGACCGACGACGAGGAUGAUUAGACAGCAAAAAAGGGAAAGUUAAACUAAAACACACAAAAAAAAGGCCGCCGUGACCCAUUCACCCUCCACUUCCCGUCUCAGAAUCUAAACGUGGUCACCUUCGAGCAGAAAGGCCCGCCCGCCCACCGAGGGCAGUGCCACCCGCAGACGAACGACGCGCUCUCCACUACCCAACCCGAACCAUGAGAAUUGGCAACAGGGGAGGAAAAAAGAACCAAAACUUCCAAGGCCCUGCUUUUUUUCUUAAAAGUACUUUAAAAAGGAAAUUUGUUUGUAUUUUUUAUUUACAUUUUAUAUUUUUGUACAUAUUGUUAGGGUCAGCCAUUUUUAAUGAUCUCGGAUGACCAAACCAGCCUUGGGAGCGUUCUCUGUCCUACUUCCUACUUUAUUGUGGUGCGACCAUGUUCAUUAUAAUCUCAAAGGAGAAAAAAAACCUUGUAAAAAAAAAGCGAAAACGACAACAGAAAAACAAUCGUAUUCCGAGCAUUCCAGUCCCUUGGUUGUGUGUGUACUUGGCUGGACUAGAAGUAGUUGGUCUGUAUGAGAUGGUUAAAAGGCCAAAGAUUAAAAGGUUUCCUUUUUUGUCUAUGAAGUUGCUGUUUAUUUUUUUUGGCCUGUUUGAUGUCUGUGUGAAACAAUGUGUCCAACAAUAAACAGAAAUUUUAUUUUGCUGAGUUGUUCUAACAAAAAAAAAAAAAAAAAAGAAGCCAGAUGUUCAGGGUGCGAGCG